AUGAGACCCCAUACACUCCUCCUUGGAGCUUUUGUGCUCACUACUGAAGCACUGUUCCAUGAUGGCCGCCAGCCAACUCUUGCGAACCCGUAUAGUGACCAAAUUAAAUUUCCUCUGGUCCCGGUCGCUGUGGCUGUUGUUCCUACUACCAAAAUACUUGUUGCCUGGUCCUCCUUCAAAAAUGACAGUUUCUUCGUUCAUGGAGACGAUAUCACGCAAACCGCCUUUUACGACCCUGAAGCAUGCGCUGUCGAGCACUUCACUGUAUCCCAUCUGAGACAUGACAUGUUCUGUCCUAGUAUCAGUCUCGACUUCCAAGGGCGCAUCGUCGUCGCUGGAGGUGACACUGAAGAAAGGACCAGCGUCUUUGAUGGGCAGGAUUGGAAACCUGUUUCUGAUAUGCAUAUCCCUCGUGGUUACCAUUCCUCAACUAUCCUUUCGGAUGGACGCAUUUUUACCAUAGGUGGCUCCUUUAGCGGCGGUAUCGGUGGGAAGAAUGGCGAGGUCUAUGAUGUCAAUAAGGACGAAUGGACUCUCCUAUCUAAUGCUUCAGCUGAGACUAUCCUUACAAAGGAUGAAGGCGGGCUCUAUCGAUCUGAUAACCAUGCCUGGCUGUUUGCAUGGUCCAACGCAUCAGUGUUUCAAGCUGGGCCAAGCACUCGGAUGAACUGGUUUGACAUAAAUGACAACGGAACUUCCACGCCGGCUGGAAUUCGCAAUAAUGAUGGUGAUGCCAUGACCGGAACGGUGGCCAUGUAUGACGCCAACAAGGGAAAGAUCCUUUCUCUAGGAGGUGCGCCUUCAUACAAUGACAGCGAUGCUACUGCCAAUGCUCACUUAAUCACUAUCGGAAAGCCUGGCAGUCAAGCAACUGUCGAGACACUCGAGCCAAUGCAUUCUACUCGUACCUUUGCAAACUCUGUCAUUUUGCCUGACGGUAAAGUUUUCGUCGUCGGCGGUCAGUCACAUUCCGUCGUCUUCUCGGAUGGCAAUUCGAGCAUGAUCCCCGAAAUCUGGGACCCAGAGACUAAAAAGUUCACGGAAAUGGCAGCACUCCCAAUUCCUCGCAACUACCACUCCAGUGCAAUACUCCUUCCGAAUGCGACUGUUUUCAUUGGUGGUGGUGGUCUGUGCCCGGGUGAAUGUGACACGAAUCAUUUGAAUGCGCAUACCUUUUUCCCUCCAUAUUUCUACGAAGCUGAUGGCGUUACUCUUGCUACUCGCCCCAUCAUCACCAGUGUGGGGAAUUCCACUGUUCAGGUUGGCGGAACACUCUACGCUACUCUUUCGCAACCUGUGGCCUCUAAUGAGAAGCUCACUUGGUCUAUGGUCCGUAUGGGAAGCUCGACACAUACAGUCAAUACGGAUCAACGCCGGGUGUAUAUGUCGCCCCAGGCUCUUACCCCAACCCUUUUCACUCUCAAUUUGCUGAGCGACCCUGGUGUUAUGUUGCCAGGAUACUGGUAUUUGUUUGCUUUGCUGAACGGAGUCCCUAGCAAGGCCGAAAUUAUUCUUGUUCAGCCUUAA